AUGAUUUUCUACUGCCAAAAUCCCGUGCAACCGAAGGGAAAGCUCCUUCCUAACUUAGGCACAACGCCACCACCGCCUCCUCCACCACCAGCUACUCCCGACAUCCUCCACAACUCUCAGGGACCACCCAACAGCAUCCUAAUUGACACCUUCCAGCACCAAGAUGUCAACGACCUCGGCCAUUGGCACGGAGCCUUGGAAGGCCUGACGGUGCAUCACGGGCCAGGCUUCGUGCGCUUCUUCCCCUCGGACCCGGAUCACAAUUACCACACCCAGCUCUCUGCGUCCUCGUGCUACGAUCUCCGCGCCUACCAGCCGAGCCACUACUUGCACAUCGUCUUCGGUGGCACAACCAAGUUUUCCAUCUUCUUGAACGAGAACAAUGCGGCCUGCGACUUCAUGCGCAACCCUUUCCCGCAGACCUCGGACGUGGUUGAGGCGGUCCGCUACUCGCGCGGCAACGACAUCUACAUCCCACUCGCCCACUUCCACAUCGACCAGUCCCGGGCCGUCUCCGUUAGCUUCGGCGGUUUCUACUCGCUAGAGCCCCUGACGCUGUACCGCGUGGAGAUCGUCCCUUCGAUCCCCGUGGGGUUCCCGGUCCCGCAUCGCAUGAACAACGGCCGGCUGAUGUUGACGUGUACACGGCCCGGGUCGUUUGCGUUCGGCAUCGAUGACGGCCAGCCCAGAUUCGCGCAGGAGGUCAUGAAGAUUUUGGAGGAGGAGCGUGUGCUGGUGACCUUCUUUGUAGUUGGACUGGGGUUACGGGAUCGUGAGACCAACUUCUCCAAUGUGUAUCGCGAGAUGAUCAAGCGAGGCCAUCAGAUUGCUUUGCAUUCGGAUACACAUCGAAAAAUGGAAGGUCUUGCUUCCACUGCAGAAAUCGACCGCGAGAUUGUCGAAAACAUCAUAGCUUUCCGGCAGAUCCUGGGUAUCGAGACUCACUACUUCCGCCCCCCAUUUGGCACUCUCGGAGCACGUACCCGGCAACGCCUGGCAAACUUCAUCACCGAGCCACAAGUCAUCACCUGGAGCGUGGACAUCGAGGACUGGCUGUGGGCCGACUCCAAGACCCCGGAAAAACAGUGUGAGGCUUUUUUCCGGGACGUCAUGCACGGGGGUAAUCUGGCCGUCAUGCAUUUCCUGAGCGCGACGACUGUAAGCUACUUCCGGGAGGUGAUACAAUUUGUCAAGCGUCAAAACAUGACGAUUAUGCGCAUUGAUCAAUGCCUAGAAGACCCGAGGAGCCCGCCGUUGAAGUUUCCAAUUCAUUGA